GAAACAAAAAAAACAGAGAGCCAGAGACUCGUUUCUUUUUUGCUCUCUUAUCAACACCCACAACAAAAAAGCUUCCGUCGUUUUCUCCCAGAACCCUUCUUCCUUUCGUUUUCUUUCACGGUGGUCCUUGUUUUCUAUCUUCUCUUUAUGGCUGAAAAGGAGGGCUUUGAAGUGGACCAGCUUGGGGUCACAGAAGGGACGAGCUUCUCUCAGCUACUCUACGAAGUCGAGCAUGAUGUGGUGGGUCUCCGAGUGAACGAUCAUCAACCCCAAAUCUUCAACUACACCAACACCAACAGCUGUUCUUCUCUUUAUUCCGCCACCGACCUUAAAUCCCCCAAAAUGCUCUGUUUCGGGGACUUUCAGAACAAGGACAGUAACAUCCUCCAAAUUGGGUUCCCGGAGAUUUCGAUUUCCCGGCCGCCUCAGAAAACAGGACUCACUUGCAGCGACUCCUCCUCUGUUUCUUCCACCAGCACCAAGGCCGCCUCGUCUUCCUCCAAGUCUAACCAUCAGAAGAAGCGAAACGGGGUGGCGCAAGAAAAGGUCCAAUGUGCAAAGGAGAACACUGAGGCCGAUCAGAGAAGCUCUAAGAAGCCGAAAACGGACAAGCCCGCUGCCGGAAAGAAAAGAGAGAAGCUCGGAGAAAGAAUCUUAGCUCUGCAACAACUCGUGUCACCCUUCGGAAAGACGGACACAGCCUCAGUGCUUCAUGAAGCGUUGGGAUACAUAAGGUUCCUGCACGACCAGGUUCAGGUUCUGUGCUCGCCAUACCUGCAACGCUUGCCUUCAUUACCUGAGGGAGGAGAUGGGGCAGGGAAGGGUGGUGACCUGAGAAGCCGGGGACUGUGUUUGGUGCCUAUGGAUUACACCGCACAUGUUGCGAACAACAACGGUGCUGAUUACUGGUCGUCGGCGACAAUGGCGAGUAACAACCACAAUGUGUCAUCCUCGCCGACGGGAUAUUGAUGAAGCACUACUAGUGAAGACUGUACGUGAAGCAGCUUUUGUGUACAUGGCCACACCUAGAAGGAGAACUAGUGCCUGCUCGUUUUGCUUGUUUUGGGAAACCUACAGCAAUGACAUGACAACUUAAUUUUUGGGGUAAAAGGUGAAAAGAUAAUACAGGGGGAAGGGGACAAGGUUAGUAGUAGCAGCAGCAGCAGCUGCUUUAGCCUAGUAGGCGUGUGAAAAUGGUUGUAAUUUUGCUUCAAAUGCUAUCAUUUGUUAU